GGUGUACGGGACCCUCCUCGCCGCUGGGGCGAAGACCCCGCUGGGCUAGAGCGUUAAUAUCCACCCGGCCCCUUUAAGAGGGGGCUGGGCUCCCAGUGACCUCUCGUGAUGCCCGCCCCUUCCUGGUUGCCAUAGUCCCUCUUGCCAGCGUCCCAAAAUGGCGUCUCUACUGCAGGAGGACCUGUUCGAGACCCGCGCGCAGGCUCCGGCCCCCAGCAAGGACUUCUACCAGCUGAUCGUCACCCGGAAGGAGGUAAUUUUCAGAUGGUGGAAAAUCUCUCUUAGAAGUGAAUUUCGUGAAGCAAAGCCUGGGGAACUUAAAGAAUCUCAUGAAUAUUUCUUGGAUGAUCCAUCUCUUCAAAUUCAAAUUGCUGUAGUUUUUGGUGCCAACAUUCUGGAACAUAUCUUCAAUCUGUGCCGGGGUAACUUUGACUUCCUGGAACGGCUUCCUGACCCAUUGCUCCUGUACAUCAUUUCCUUUCUGGAGCUUGAAGAUAUUGCCAGGCUUUCUCAAGUUUCACACAGAUUUAAAACGAUAUGCAACUCUGACACACUGUGGGAGAAAAUUGUGCAGAAUUUGUGUGGUGCAAUUACUCCUGAAAUGAGAGCACUGGCACAGGAAGUGGGUUGGAAGCAGUUCUUCUUCACAAACAAGCUUCAGCUUCAGCUGCAGCUCCGAAGAAGGAGGCAGAAACAAGAUGAUUGGUAAAUGCUGACUGUUUACUGGCCACCAUGGCAAAUGUGAAAUGUUAAAAGGUGACCAAUGUGUAUCUGGGGUCCAAAAUUUGACCUUCAUUAAAGUGGUUUUAAAAUUAGUGAACAUCCUCUGUAGUCUAGAUGUCUAAACUUCAAACAAAUAAGCCAAUCAGCACUCUGUCAUUAAGGGGAAACAUCAUUAGAGACCAAGAACUGAAUGGGUAUGUAUACCAAACUACCCUCUUCCUUUCAGACAGCUGCUUCAGGUCAUGGUUUGGGAACACUGGAAGGAUGGUAUAUGGGUGAAAUUUUCACUGCUUCUGCCUGUGCAGGAAAUUUUGAUGAUAAUGGACUAGUGUUGUGCCAGUGUUGUGACUCUGGUACCUUUGAUGAGGUCUACAUUCACUUAAGUAUAUUUUCAAUUAUAAAAUAAUAUUUACUAUUGGCUCUUUGCAUUGUAGCACAUCAGUAAUGUUCCUACCAAACAGAGCUGACAAAUCCAUUAAGAAAAUAUUUUACAUAGCUUAGAAUUUCAUCUUAAUUGUUGUUAAUUACAACAUUAACUUCAACAAUCCAGAGGUCAAGUAUUAAUAGCCUUAAAUUAUUAAUUAGUGUCUACCAUGUGUUAUUGACUAGGUUUAAAUAUUGAGCAUUUAUACCAAUGCUUGCAUUUUUUCCAUAUAAUGGCCUAAAAGCUACAUGAUUUACUCAGCUAACUCCCACAAACUUCAGUUAGAGUCUUCCUAAGUAAGGCCUGCAGGAUUUGGCACUGUACUAAUGAUAACAUCACAAAACAUUAAGGCCAAUAUGGUUGCACUGGAAUGCCUAAAGUUAGUUACCUGAAUUCACUAAAAAGUGGCCUGAUUUAUUUUAUGUGUUGAGCUGAUGCUGAUGUGAGUUCAUAGUAUUCAGUACCUCUGAAAAUCAGGUCAUUUUGUUUAGGUGCCUAAAUAUGGAUUUAGGUGAUUAGUUUUAGGCUCCCAAGUAAAGCCAAAAUUCUCAAGGUGACCUAGUUUUAUUUACAACACAAACUUUUAUAAUGCAAAUGGUCCUUAUUCACAAAAGUAUUCUUAUUGAAACCAAGACUUACUUAUUGUUGUCUUAUUGUAUGACUAAGGACUACUCUUGUGAGAGAGGGUUACUGGGAUUGGGCCCUUAAAUAUGUAGCUGAUUAUUUGAAAUGUUUUAGUAGAGCCAUGUAUAUUUUGGUUAUAGUAAGUAUAGAUAUAAGGAACUUAAUCCUGACCAAAUGCCACUAACAAUUUAUACAAUAAUCUGAGUAUGGCCAUCAGAGUGACUGACGCACUGGUAAAUGAUCAAACUAAGUGUAAAAGGCGCUAAUUACAAUAGCAUGAAAGGCAGUUAGACAAGUUUUGAUCUUUAACUUCUCUAAUUUUACAGGGUGGUGUGUUAUUCUUUAUUGAUGAAGCCUUGUAUUAUCAUUAUAUUAAACAUAAAAUAAGUUGUUAUUCUUUAUAUCUAGUGCCAAUUUUUCACCAUUUUCCCCCUUCUCCAAGGUCACCAUUCAAAGUGAAAUGGUAUUAAAUAUAUAUUCUAUGGAAGUUUUUCUAAUCUUUGUGAAACAUGAAAUGUAUGGUAUACCCUUGGAGCUUAUAGAUAAAUGUGACCAUAUUCAUGCUAUAAAGCUAUUUACUUGCCAACAGUUUGCCAGAGGAAUAUUUUACCUUUUUUUAACAAUCUUUAGUUACUUUUGUUAUAUUAUUAUUUACUUUAGAACAAAUGCCAUAUUCUCUUUGGGCCAGAUUCUCAAGUGGUGCAAAUCUGUGUAGCUCCAUUGACUUCAAUGCUGAGGAUCUGGCCCAUUAUUUUUAAAAACUGGUUUAAAUGUCAAGUAUUAAAAAUGCAGUAUGUAAAUCUACUGUAAACUGGUAAUUAAGAAAUAAAAGUUUAGAUUCUACAAAGUGA